AUGCUUUAUGAGUUGGUGGAGACACCAAAUGGGAUACUUAGCAAAGGCAGAGAGGACGAAGAGGUUGAUGCAAUCUUUAUAAUAGCUCAACUCUGUUCCGAUACUUUCUCAGCUGUUUCCCUUGAUGAUUUCAACAAUGGAACUUCAUACUCUUUGUAUGCUAGGAUUGAAUCUAUAGGUCCUCUGGAAUCUGAACUCAAGUUUAGUACUGCGCAUAGAAGGCAAAUUGCACUUGUAGAUGGUGACGGCGUUAGGUUAAAAUUUAUCUUGUGGGUAGACAGACCAAGUCAUCGUGGCAAACCUCAUGAGUCUGAAGAGAGCGCAAUGGAAGGAAAGGAUGAGUUCUGCCUUGAAUGUGGUAGCGCAACACAUCUCUAUAUAGUGCCAUCAACCUUACAAGAGGAAACGGUGACAUUGCCUCGUGACGCCGAGGGGUCUAUAGUAUUAUCCUUUUCUGGUGAGUGGAAGCUAACCUCCGAUUUGAUCAAACAUGUUAUGCAGACGAAUAUAACGGACUGUCGCGACAAAACCACUGGAAUCAGUCUCUAUGGCGUUGUAACAGAUAUAUUCUGUGAUGUAAAUGCCACAGGAGUGGUGUUUUCUAUGAAAAUUGAGGACACAACUGGAGCAAUAUGGGCUAGGCUCCACUUUAAUACUCACUGGUCGUUGGGAAGGUUAGGACUUGGUCAUGUCAUUUACGUUUCUGGGUUAUCCUGCAAAAGUACAAAAGAGAAUUGCCUUGAGGUGUUAUGGCAUGAGAAGGACAAGAAAGCUACAUUCAUCAACAUUAGCUGCUUACCUGCAUUUCUAACCUCUUCUUGUCUUCUCAAAAUCUCCACCCUCUCCCAAAUAUCAAAACAGAGAAAACCUGCGAUCAAUAUUUUUCGGGUUAAGCUGGAUGAGAUUGACCAAUGCCAUAGCAUAAACCCGAGGUUUUCACACAGCGUUUGCGGCCAUUUCAUAGAUGAAGAUUCGCAAUUACACGGAGGGAAUCUGCAUUGUGGCUUCUGCCGAGUAACCUUUAACAGUAACGCAGGGUCAGAGGUAGUGAGAACGUUCCAGAUAAUGAUAACACUUGCAGACGAAGAAACCACCAAACUAUACGCGUGGUGUACUGGUCAGUCCGCAUCAGCUAUACUUCAGAUAUCUUCUGACGAAUUCUGUGAGCUCCCUGAGGAUGAUCAGCUAAUGUAUCCAUCUUCAUUGGAGAACGAGGGGUUCCUAGUGACCUCAGCUAACAGCGGUGGCCGGAGUUUGUCUCAUGAAAUGGAGGCGACUUGCUGGGAAAUCACCCGCGCUCUCAAGAUUUAAGCUCUACCAUAAUCGUGGGAUCUAGUUAUAUAUUGUUUUAAUAUUUACUCUUUUUUUUUUCUUUUGAACACUGAUUUAUAAAUAAUGAGGUACAUCAACUUUACAACUAGUAUAUAUAUAUAUAUGUUAUGUGGGAAUUUG